AGAGACCACACCUUUACAAUGCAUAGGACAAACAGGACCAAACAACAACGCUAAUCGCAUGAGCAAACGGUGAAUUCAAAGCAUAUAAAAACGCCCCACUCCCCUCUCUCCUCACUCCCGUCGCAAUCCUCCGUCCAGCUAGCACCGCACUCACACCGCUCCGCGCAUCCGACAUCGUCGAAACCAUACUUCGUCAUCAUCAUCAUCAAAAUCAUAGACCGUCAUCAUGCCUACUUACAAGCUCAUGUAUUUCGAUGCCCGUGGUCGUGCGGAGGUCGCCCGACUUCUCUUCGCUCAAGCCGGAGUCGAGUACGAGGAUUGCCGUCUGAGUGGAGAGGAAUUCGGAGCCAUCAAGGGUGACACAGCGAAGUUACCUCUUGGUCAGCUACCAGUUCUAAUUGAAGAUGGCGGCCGAUCAAUCCCACAGAGUGCAACCAUCGCCAGACAUCUAGCAAGGGUCUUUGGGCUGUACGGGAAGGACGAGACCGAGACCACACGCAUCGAUGUCGUGUGCGAUUGCGUCGACGACCUCUUUACUAAGAUAGUCAAGUUUUACUUCGAGAAAGACGAGACCAAGAAGGCUGAGAUGCAAAAGGAGUUCGCGGAAAAGGGCUCUGUCGCCAUCCUUACCGCCAUGUGUAACGGCUUACAAAAGAACAGCGAAGGAAAGGGAUACUGUGUUGGAACUACGAUGACCCUUGCUGAUAUUGCAGUAUUCAACUUGACCGGAAUGCUGUGCAAAGAAAUGCCCGCCUUUGCUGAGAAGUACCCCACCUUGAAAGAGUUUGAUGCCCGCAUGAGGGCUGAAUCUAAGAUCGCUGCAUGGCUCGCUAAAAGACCAGAGACGCCAUUUUAAACUAUAGCUGGGGUAGGAAUGCACGUAGUCGGGAGUCUUUCCAGUUAUGUUUGUUUGUAAAAUGUAAUGGUAGAUAGAAAGAAGUACGUUCUUGUUAUGAACGUUUACAUUUUUUUUAUUUGAGGUUAAUGCAAAACGUUAGGCCCAAUCCGAUUUCCGUAGAACGGAACACCGUUGAAGAAUAUUUAUUCAGAAAAAUAUUUUCUGCUUCAUACAACUAGGGAUAGUGUUAUCCCUGAAACAACGUUAGUUAAGUCUGUACAACCUUAUAGCCGGUAUACAGAAGGGACUCUCAGUUAUCUUACGAACAAAAAGUUGUAUAGACAAUUCAGUGUGUUUUAACAUGUUUCAGUAGAAUCUAGACCUGUGUUCAAAUAGCUUACAGUCUAUUCCUUCUUAGCUAUAUUCAAGUGAAAGAAAAUUCAUACAUUUUAAAAAAGAUUGUAAGACUCGUCAAAAAUAUAUUAUCAGAUUGUGUGAUUGAAUUCUUUAUACAAAAUAAAAUACCGCUGUUUCAUUACUUUUCAUAUUUAAAGUUGCAUGUAAAUUUUGUCUAUGAUGAUUGACAAUUACAAUUUCUUUUCUAAUCACGUGA